AUGUACAUUUGUAAUCGUGCCCGAGGAAGAGGCGAAACUGUAAAUGAGAAAGAAUAUAGGAAACGAUACGUUAUCCCGAAACGAGUGCUAAGGAACUGCCCUUGUUUUGUGAAGGCUCAUGUACGCGGGGACGGCCUCAUCACGGUCACAUCUUGUUUCGAGCACUUAGGCCACGAAGUGACUGCGGCCUUCCUCCCGCUUUCACGGAGUGAUGAAGAAAGGGUGGUAUCACUUUUGUCAAUGGAACUUCCUUUUCAAACGGUCGUUGCUAAACUUCGCGCAGAAUGGAAUCCUGACGAAGACGAAAGGAAACAGCCGCGAACUUGCUACAUCACCAUGAGAGACAUCUGGUAAGC